CGCGCGCUGUGGAAUAUUCUCGUUGGAUCCUCCAGUGAAACAGCGUUUGGAGAUUAAGUGCAUCGUGGGGAUUUCAUGCCUCUUAUGGAUGCUCUGCCCUCCAGGUUGCCUCCAGCUAUGCAGCGCGUUCCGCUCCCAUGACAUGGAGAUCGACCGGGGCCUGCUGGAGUCCCUGCCCCUGGCCCAGCGGCAGCGGCUGGUGCGGCGCAUGCGAGGCGAGCAGCUGAAGGCCUACUACGCGCGGGAGAAGGUGCUGCGGCAGCAGGCCCGGCCCCCGGGGGCGCCCGGGCGCGGCCGGAGCCAGAAGGUGCGCUUCCAGCUGGCGGACCUGCUCCGCGAUGCCAUCGUGCGCCGCGACGACAAGGAAGCCCUGAGGCUGCUGAAGGAGGGGGCCGACCCGCUCGCCCCCGUCGGCUCCGGAAGCUCCCUCCUGCACCUGUGCGCGCGCUAUGACAACGCCUUCAUCGCCGAGGUGCUGAUCGACAGAGGCGCCAACGUCAACCACCAGGAUGAGGACUUCUGGACGCCGAUGCAUGUCGCCUGCGCCUGUGACAACCCGGACGUCGUCCUGCUGCUCGUGCUGGCUGGAGCCAAUGUCCUUCUCCAGGAUGUGAAUGGAAACAUACCUCUGGAUUAUGCCGUGGAGGGCACGGAGUCGAGCGCCAUCCUGCUGGCCUACCUGGAGGAGAACGGCGUGGAUCCGGGCUCGCUGCGCCAGAUGAAGCUCCAGAGACCGAUGCGGAUGUUGGCAGACGUGACGCACUUCUUGGCGCGCGGAGGGAACGUGAACGCGAAGAACCACGAAGGAGUGACCCUGUUACACAUGGCGAGUGCCAGCGGCUACAAAGAGGUGGCGUCUCGGCUUCUGGAACACGGCGGGGACCUGAACGCGGCAGACGACCAGUGCUGGACCCCGCUGCACCUCGCGGCUAAGUAUGGCCAGACAAACCUGGUGAAGCUUCUCUUGAUGCAUCAGGCAAACCCAAACCUCCUGAACUGCAAUGAAGACAAGGCUUCAGACGUGGCUGCGUCGGACCUCAUCGAGGACAUGCUGCUGAAGGCCGAGCUCGCCUGGGACGAGAGGACGCGGGAGGCGGGCCCCGGGUGCCCCCCGGCGCAGGAGGACACGUACGAGGAGAUCGAUCACGAGCUGCCCGCGUUUGCCAGUAAGCUCAACCCCCUGGUGCUGCCGAUCGCCAAGCAAGACAGCUUGUUGGAAAAGGACAUUAUGUUCAAGGACGCCACAAAAAGUCUGUCCACGCGACAGUCUCAGGACCACACCCUGGAGAUCGCCACUGUGAACGAGCCAACCAAGCCCGAGCAGGUCAAGCUGAUGCCGCCCGCGCCCAGCGACGACCUGGCGACCCUCAGCGAGCUCACGGACGGCAGCCUGCUCUACGAGAUCCAGAAGCGCUUCGGCAAUGACCAGAUCUACACUUUUAUUGGGGACAUCCUCUUGCUGGUUAACCCAUUCAAAGAGCUGCCAAUUUAUUCCACCAUGGUCUCCCAGCUCUACCUGAGCCCCUCGGGGAGGCCCUGCUCCUCCCUGCCGCCCCACAUCUUCUCCUGCGCCGAGAGGGCCUUCCACCAGCUGUUCCAGGAGCUGCGGCCCCAGUGCUUCAUCCUCAGCGGAGAGCGAGGUUCCGGGAAAUCCGAGGCGGCCAAGCAGAUCCUGAGACACCUCACCUGCCGCUCGGGCCCCGCCCCGCGCCUCUUUGACUCCAAGUUGAAACAUGUCACGCACAUCUUAGAAGCUUUCGGAAAUGCCAAGACAACUCUUAACGACUCGUCCAGUUGCUUCAUAAAGUAUUUUGAACUGCAGUUCUGUGAGAGGCAGAAGCACGUGACUGGAACCAGAAUUUAUACAUACAUGCUAGAGAAAUCCAGACUGGUUGCACAGUCUCCUGGCCAGAGCAAUUUUCUCAUUUUCUACCUGUUGCUGGACGGGCUCUCUGCUGAAGACAAAGACGGGCUUCACCUGGGCCACCUCCGUGCUCACAGGUUCCUGAGGCAGACCCCGCAGGGAGAGGCGCCCGCGGCCGAGCGGUCUCUGAACCGGGAGGCGUUCGCCGCCCUGAAGCAAGCGCUGGGUGCGGUCGGGUUCAGCAGCCUGGAAGUGGAGAACCUGUUUGUGAUCCUGGCGGCGAUAUUGCACAUCGGGGACAUCCGGUUCACGGCCCUGAGCGAGCCCGACACGGCCGUGGUCUCUGACCUUCAGCUUCUGGAGCAAGUGGCCGCCAUGCUGCAGGUGUCGGCAGAGGAGCUGAUGACUGCGCUGACGGCCGACGUCCAGUACUUCAAAGGAGAGAUGGCGACCCGGCGGCACACCGUCGAGAUGGCCGAGUUCCACCGGGACCUCCUGGCCAAGUGCCUCUACAGCCGGCUGUUUGGCUUCUUGGUGAACACCGUCAACUGCUACCUCGACAGCCAGGACGAGCCCGGCAGCCUGCAGACCUGGGCCAUCGGGAUCCUGGACAUCUUUGGCUUUGAAGAAUUUCAAAAGAACGAGUUUGAACAACUUUGUGUCAACAUGACCAACGAGAAGAUGCACCACUACAUCAAUGAAGUGCUUUUUCUACAUGAGCAAACAGAAUGUGUACAAGAGGGAGUUGCCAUGGAAACAGCUUAUUCUCCGGGUAACCAGACUGGAGUUCUGGAUUUUUUUUUCCAGAAACCUUCCGGGUUGCUCUCUUUAUUGGAUGAAGAAAGUCAGACGACUUGGGGCAUGGAGACAAACCUCCCCCAGAAGCUCCACAGCCUCCUGGAAUCCUCCCACACGAGCGCGGUGUACUCCCCGCUGAAGGACGGGAAUGGGAACAUCCCCCUCAAGGACGCGGGCACGGCCUUCACGGUCAUGCACUACGCGGGGAGGGUGACGUAUGAAAUUAUUGGAGCCAUUGAAAAAAAUAAAGACUCCCUGUCACAGAACCUUCUAUUUGUAAUGAAAACCAGUGACAACGUCGUCAUCAAUCACUUGUUCCAGUCAAAACUGUCACAAACAGGAUCCCUCGUGUCUUCUGCUCCUGCCUUUAAAUUCAGAGGACAGAAGCCCGGCCUGCUCAGCAAGAGAAUGACAGCUCCUUCAGUUAUCGGAGAAAACAGGAAUUAUCUAGAAUUUAAUAAGUUAUUAAGAAAGAAAGGAACGUCCGCGUUUCUCCAGAGACUGCAGUGGGGCGGUCCGGCCACCAUCGGCUCGCAGCUCAGGAGGUCGCUGGAGGAGCUCGCCGGGAGGCUGCAGGGGUGCACACCCCACUUUGUCCACUGCAUCAAGCCCAACAGCUCAAAGCGGCCGGAUGCCUUUGACAACUUCUACGUGUCUGCUCAGCUGCAGUAUGUCAGGGUGCUGGACAUGGUGAAGACCGUCCGAUACGGGUACCCCGUCCGCCUGUCCUUCUCCGACUUCCUGUCCAGGUACAAGCCGCUGGCGGACACGCUCCCGGGCGAGACGGCCUCAGCAGAGGACACCUGCCGGCUCCUCCUCCAGCAGUGGAAGCUGCAAGGCUGGCAGAUGGGCGUCCACAAGGUGUUUCUGAGGCACGGCCAUGCCGACCGGCUCAACGACCUGUGCCUGCAGCUGCAGAAGAAAAUCAUCACCUGCCAGAAAGUUGUAAGGGGGUUCCUAGCCCGUCAACACCUGCUCCGGAAGAGGAGCCUCGGGCUGCAGGAGGCCACGAGCAUCCACCGCUUCCUGCAGAUCACGGAGGACCUGGGGCUGCGGACCUAUGAUGCCCUGGUCAUCCAGAAUGCCUCGGACAUCGCGCGCGAAAAUGACCGGCUCCGGAGGGAAGUGGGCACCACCGGCCACAAAGAGAAGCCAGAGGCCUGGGCCCCGCAGGGGGAGGCCGCCGAAAGACCUGAAGACAAGGGUGGGCUCAGAACCUUCCACACCAGCAGCACCCUGGCCCCCCUGGCGGUGGACAGCCUGGUGCAGGGCCUGGCCUGCCCGUCCGGCCGGUCUCCUUCGCUGCACUCGAUGUUCAGCCUGGACGACAGCAGUGGUCUCCCGUCACCGCGGAAACAGCCGCCGCCCAAGCCCAAGAGGGACCCCACCACGCGGCUGAGCGCGUCCUACGAGGCGGUGAGCGCCUGCCUCUGGGCCGCCGUCAAGGACUCUGCUAGGGAAGCUCUCGCCCGGCCGCGCCCGCACAGCGACGACUAUAGCGCCAUGAAGAAGAUGCCCCCGCGGAAGCCCAAGAGAAGCCCCAGCACCAAGCUCAGCGGCUCCACGGAGGAGAUCUCGGGGCCCCGCGCGGGGACUGGAGGGGCGCCCGGCUCGCGGCGCAGGGCCGGCCUGCCUGUGCCCGGGGCCCGCCCCCCGGCGCCCCCCGCGCCCCCCACGCCGGACGACGCGGAGCCCGUGUACAUCGAGAUGGUGGGCCGCGCGGGCAGCCCCGAGCCGGCCGAGGCCGAGGCGGUGUACGAGGAGAUGAAGUACUUCCUGCGCCCCGAAGGCGGGCCGGGGCCGGGUGCCCUCGCAUGUGUGGAGCUCCCCGGACUACUGGGUGACCCUCCUAGCGCCCUCACCCCGGAGGACGGCGAGGGGAGCGGCCCAGCCCCGGGGCCCUGCAGGGGCAACACGUGUGACAUUCCGCCCCCCUUCCCCAAUCUGCUGCCCCACCGCCCUCCGCUGCUGGUGUUCCCCCCCACCCCGGUCACCUGCUCCCCAGCGUCGGACGAGUCGCCCUUGACACCCCUGGAGGUGAAAAAACUGCCCGUCCUGGAAACCAACCUCAAGUACCCGGUGCAGCCCGAGGGCUCCAGCCCGCUGUCCCCGCAGCACUGCAAAAGCCAAAAGGGGGACGGCGACCAGCCCGCGUCCCCUGGCCUGACGGCGCUGAACGGGACACCCCAAGUCUCCCCGCCACCCACGCCACCACCCCCGCUGCCCGCCGCCGUGCCCAGGCCGCCCGCGCACUUCACCUUUGCUCCCGAGGCGGGCAGAGGCACGGCCAGCCCCGAGCUGCCCAGGGCGCAGCAGAAGCCCAGCCCCGCGGCGGGGGGACCGUGCAGCUCCUUCUCCAGGGGCCCUCAGUCCCCCGGGAAGGCGGCCAGAGCUGACCACAGGAAGGCCAACUCCAACUCCUCCUCGCCGGUGCCCUACAGCCCCCCCAACUCCAGGCCAGUGGGGAGCCCGCUGGACGAGCUGACCAGCCUCUUCAACUCCGGGAGGAGCGUGCUGAGGAAGUCCGCAGCCGGCCGGAGGAUCCGAGAGCCGCAGGGUUUUGAAACCAACAUGAACCUGACCCGCCGAGAGGACCCUGGGACGGCGGAAAUCACGGCAGAAACGCAAGACAGGAACGCCAACAGCCACGGGGCUCACCUGGCCAACGCGCUGUGCCGCGCCGUGGCGGCGGAGAACGGGAACCCCCUGCCCAGCGGUUCGCCCGAGGAAGACCGCGCCGCCCGCUUGUGUGUGAGCAGCCAGGCCAGCCCCCCGUUCCAGAGGCCGCGAGAGAGCCACAGCUCACAGGUCAUCCAGCAGCUGCGGCUCUCGGAGAACGAGAGCGCGGCCCUGCAGGAGCUCCUGGACUGGCGGCGCCAGCUGUGCGAGCGCAGGGAGGACUGGCCGCGCGUCCUGCCGUGCCCGGAGCCCAGGGCCCCGCCCCCGCCGCCCUGCAGGAAGCCGAGUCUGCUGAAGAAGCCGGAGGGGGCGUCGUGCGGGGGCCGGCUGCCCCCCGAGCUCUGGGACAGCAGCAUCUGA